AGCGCCGCGCCAGGACAAGCCGGCUGUGGCGGCCAGGGAGGGGGCCUGACCCCCCCCUAUGGCAGGGGACAGCCGUCGGGGGCCACCGCGGAGCGCCAUCCCUUGUCACCCCAUCCCGAGCACCCAGGAGGCCACCGGCACCCAUCGACCAUGUAGGCUCCACCGCUGGUCACCAUGCACCAGGGCUGCGCGGCCGUCCUCUGUGUCCUGGCCGUGCUGGGGCUGGAGGUGGCUGCGCUGGGGGAAUGCGAGCUCGCCCGCCUGCUGCAGGACAAGCUGCGGUAUGAGAUGCGCCUGCAGUACAUGAAGCACAACUUCCCCAUUGACUACACUCUCCGUGUGCAGCACGAGGAGGUGCUGCGGACAGCCAACGUCACCCGCCUGCGUGACAGUAAGGUGUCGGAGGCGUCACUGCGCUACCUGUGGUUCCACGCCUGCUCCCAGGCGGUGCUGCACAUCCUCGAGGUGCUGCCGGAGAAGCACCCGUCCCGUGGGUACACGCAGGAGCUGAGCGGGCUCUUGGACGCCCUGGGCAUGGAGUACAGCGGGUACCGGCAGAGCGACGUGGACGCGGUGGUGGCCGACCUGGUGAAGCAGCUGCACAGCGGCGAGAGCCGGCAGAAGGCCGUGCGCCCCAAGGCGCUGCUGGACAACUGCCUCAAGGUCCUGCGGAUGCUCUUCGGGGCGCACUGUCGGUGGGACUCUGCUUAACGCUGACCCAGCGAGGAGGAGGAGGAGGAGGAUGAAGGCACACUUGGGGGGCGAUGGCAGCGCCCGCUCCCUCUUCUUUUGUACAAUUUUUUAAUUCCCACUCCCUCGGCUUUUGUUAAGCACCAAGUAACGUCCUAGCGCUCCAAUCUUAACUGCAAUAAAGAGAAGCAGAGCGAUCAUGUCUGCUGCGUUGUUUUGGGAGCGAUUCCUCUCCCUUUGGCUUUCUGAAGGAAAUACAGAUUUAUAACUGCAGCUGGACCAGAUGCUGGCUAUCUCCGUGUCUUGCCGUGACCCCAGCUUUCCCAGAGCAUCCCAGUGGCGUCACAGUUCUCCAAGAACCCUCUUGAGAUGUCUUCAUGUCUCCUGAUUUGCUAUGGGAAGAUGCUCACGUGCCCUCGAGCGGGAACUGCUGAAAAUAAAAGCAACCUCACAGA